CGAUUACUUUGAAAUCAGAUAUGGAAGUUUAAGAGCCUAUCCGUUAGUCCUUACUCUAGCUAGAUGGUGACGUUUGAGAUGGUUGAGAAGACAUCUCAAAGAAGACCUAAAUUUUAUAGCGUUUGAAAUCAGCCAUGGCAGAUCCUCCAACCCAUUUCUUCAAGUUCAUCCCUGCAGGCUUCUUAUUCAAUCUUUCGGUUCCAAGCGCUUUCUUGACGAAUCUGAACGGAAAGAGAUGCUUGAAAGCGAUACUGAGACAUGGCCGUCACAAAUGGUCGGUAGACAUUGACGAUGGGGUUUUUGGUGACGGUUGGAGGAAGUUUGUGACAGAGAAUGGAGUGCAAGAGUUUGACUUUAUUGUGUUCAAACAUCAGGGAAACAUGGUGUUUGACUUUAUGGUGUUUGACCAAUCUACAUGUCAAAAACAUUACACAAAUCUAUUUGACGAAUUGGACGAAGAACCUCUUACAGAAUCUGAUACGAUCUGUAUACAUAGACGGAAGAAGCUAAAAAAGCGCAAGAGGAACGAUUAUGCAUCUCAAGACAAAGAAAUAUUUCAAGUUGAUGACAGUGGCUGUUUCGAGUCCAAAAUUACACCUUAUGUUAUCAAGAAGUCAAGAUUGCAUGUUCCGAUUAAUUUUGCAAGAUCAAAUGGAUUGAUUACCCGGUGGAUACACACACCAGUGUAUCUAAUGGAUGAUACACAAAGGACAUGGCCAGCAACACUCACAAAAACUAAAACAGAGCUUUGUAUAACUGGUUGGCGCGAAUUCAUUGUAAAAAAUCACUUGAAAGUCGGAGACGUGUGUAGGUUUGAGCUUAUUAAAAACGGAGAAUUGCCUGUUUUCAAGUGCUAUAAUACAGGAAAGAAUUUGGUGGAAAACGAUAUUCAAGAGAAGGGAACUAGUUCUUCGACUUUUACCAAUCACCCAUACUUCAUUUCAACUCUCAAGCCUACUACCCUCAAAAGAUGGAUUCUGUAUCUACCUGCUGACUUUUCGAAACCAAAUGGUUUAAAAAUUGGAGAAAUGAUUCUUAGAGAUGAUAAAGGUCGAUCAUGGAAAGUUCAUCUCAACAAAAUGAAUAGAACAUCUUUCUAUCUUGGAGGAGGUCUCAGAUCUUUUCUAGUUGCAAAUGGAAUGAAGGAAGGUGAUGAAUUCAAGUUUGAGCUCCUCGAAAAAGAGAAGGACAAGUCUCCCAUUGCCAACUUUCUGUUUCUUAAAAGCAAGCAGCAGAUUAAAUCCCAUAAAGAAGAAAAACUGUCACGGAAGGAAGGUUACAUUCUUUGUGAAGAAGAUGGUCACCCAUACUUCAUGGGAGAAGUGAAGUUCUGCAGCAUAAGAAAAUCAGUUCUGUUUCUGCCAAUCAAGUUUGCAAAGUCGAAUGGAUUAAUGAAUCCCAGAAAGAUGACUCUGAAAAAUGUGGAAGAUGAAAGGUCGUGGACUGUGGAGUUAGAGAAUUAUAAGAAUAGAUACUAUUAUAUAGGACAAGGUUGGAAAGAUUUUAGGGUUGCAAAUGGACUGAAGAAAGGGGAUCGUUUCAAAUUCGAGCUUGUCAACAACGGGGAAAACCCCAUUGUAAACUUUUACUUUGAAAAAAGCUGUUGAAGCUACUAGACUUCCCCAAUCAAUGGGCAAAAAUUCCUUAAUUUGACAUUUAACAUUUGUGUAUAUAUAUGGACAAAAAUUCCUGUUGGUUAUACAGAGGGGAAUUUUCUACAGCAA